GUAUUGCUAGUUUCAAUUACUAUAAAUGGCUGAGCAAGCGCUUGCGAAAGCACAUCUUCAAGAUGAUGUCGUUUACGAUAAUUCUUGGGGUGGUUGCUGGGACGGCAGUGGCCAUGCCGACGAAAGGGGUAGAGUGUUUGAGAGAGGGCAGGUACCCCACUCCAAAUACAUGUGAUGGUUUUUUCGACUGCAUACCUGAUGGUACUGGGGGCUAUGAAGUGUCAUUUGAUGACUGUAAUGGAUUUGUCUACAAUACCACCUCCAGGACGUGCAACGGUGAAAUGCAAUGUCGCUCCCGAAGUGAGCGCAGUGUUACUACAGCAUAUCCCAAGUACUCCUACUUGUGUGAAGGUCAGCCUGAUGGCUUCGUGUGUGCUGACUGCAGGACCAUGGUCAUGUGUGUAAAAGGGCAGGCCUUUGUCCGCCAGUGCACCAGCACAAGAUCCUGCAGUAUUAAGACUACCUAUGGAGGUGCAGUAUGCUACCCAGGGCUUCCAGCUGAAUGUACCUGCCAGAGUGGAGACGCGUUUGUCCGUGAUCUCUAUGACCCACAGAAGUUCUUUAGCUGCUCCUCCACUGGAUCCAGCCCUGAGGAUCACGUGUGCCCUGAUGGUAUGGUGUUUGAUGAGACCCUUAAUCAGUGUCGCAACCAAGCCAGCCUUCCAGCUUGUGAACGGCCUGGUGUCUUUGCAAAGCUCGAAGACUGCACUGAAUAUUACUCUUGCAUCUCGCUUCAACAUGGGUGGCUGCAGAGACUGUUCAUGUGCCCCAGUGGAACGCUGUUCAACGAGGUAACAGGAGCUUGUGAAGAUCCUUGCUCACGGACAAUGGUGUGCUAUGAGGAAGGCAGGUUCCCAGAUCCCCUCGACCGCCGCAGCUACUAUGAAUGCCUGAUUAUUGGUGGCCUAAUGAAGCGUGCCCGCUACCAGUGCCCCCAUGGUUAUGUGUGGAAAGCUGAUGAUGCUGGUGAUGGGGGAGCAUGUGUGGAAGACCAUGAAAUGAAUUUGCAUGACUACUUCACCCGCUGUAGCAUUCCCCAGGGCAUGUGUCCUGACGAGACUACAGACCCAUGCCUGGCAAAUAACGGUGGUUGCCAUGGUAAUGCAGAUUGCGCAACUAUUAAUGGCGGUGUGAGUUGCACUUGCAAGGCAGGUUACAGUGGUGAUGGAUAUUCAUGUACAGAUGUUGAUGAAUGUGCCGUGGCCAACGGCGGCUGUUCUGCAAUGGCUAGCUGCACGAAUACUGACGGCAGUUACCGGUGCGAGUGUUUAGCAGGGUACACUGGUGAUGGCUUUGCCUGCCAAGAUAUCGAUGAAUGCUUGGUUGCCAACGGUGGCUGUGGUACAAAUGCCUUGUGUAGCAAUACUCCAGGCAGCCGAGACUGUACUUGUGCAUCAGGUUACACUGGGGAUGGCUUUACUUGCUCUGAUAUCGAUGAGUGCCUUGUUAACAAUGGAGGCUGUGAUGCAAAUGCAGGGUGUCAAAACACAGCUGGUUCAAGAACCUGCACAUGUCUCCCAGGCUUCUCUGGGAAUGGUGUUACUUGCUCUGAUGUGGACGAGUGUUUGGUUGCCAACGGUGGUUGUGAUGCAAAUGCCCUGUGUAGCAAUACUCCAGGCAGCCGUGACUGCACCUGCACAUCAGGGUUCACUGGGAAUGGCCUAGUUUGCACAGACGUGGACGAGUGUCUGGUAGCUAAUGGAGGGUGCCAUGCAAAUGCAGACUGUACAAAUGAUGUUGGUGGCAGAACUUGCACCUGUCAUCCUGGUUACACCGGUGAUGGACUUCAAUGUACUGAUGUGGACGAGUGCUUGGUUGCCAACGGUGGUUGUGAUGCAAAUGCCCUGUGUAGCAAUACUCCAGGCAGCCGUGACUGCACCUGCACAUCAGGGUUCACUGGGAAUGGCCUAGCUUGCACAGAUGUGGACGAGUGUCUGGUGGCUAAUGGUGGGUGCCAUGCUAAUGCUCAGUGCACCAAUACUGCUGGUAGCAGAACCUGCUCUUGCCUUGCUGGCUAUACUGGUGAUGGACAAGUGUGCACACUCCUCCAGUGUCCUGUUGGCUUUGCUGGUCAAGGUCAAGACUGUGCUCCAGACUCUGACCUUGAUGGCUUCCCAGACACUGAACUGAGCUGUUCGAGCAAAUACUGCCGUAAGGAUAACUGUGUCAACCGACCAAAUUCUGGGCAAGAGGAUGCCGAUGGUGACGGGAUUGGUGAUGCUUGUGAUACUGAUGCUGAUGGAGAUGGACUUCUCGAUACUUCGGAUAACUGUCCACUAAUAGCCAACCCUGGGCAACAAGAUGGAGACUCGGAUACACAUGGAGAUGUAUGUGACAACUGCCCUGUAGUCUCCAACCCCAGCCAGAAUGAUGUUGAUGGGGAUGGUACAGGCGACAAAUGCGACGAUGAUAUUGACAAUGAUGGCUUGCUAAAUACUGCUGACAACUGUCCAAAGACUGCAAAUGGCAACCAAGCUGAUGGUGAUGGAGAUGGCUUUGGAGACUUGUGUGACAAUUGCCCCCAGCAUACCAAUCCUGGGCAAGAAGAUGCAGAUGAAGAUCUACUAGGGGAUGCAUGUGAUGAUAACAUCGACUCUGACAGUGAUGGUGUGGAGGACAGUGUGGACAAUUGUCCAAAUGUAGCCAAUGGUGACCAGCAGGACGUAGAUGGUGAUGGGUUAGGUGAUGCCUGUGAUUCAGACAGUGACAACGAUGGUAUUGAUGAUACGACUGACAACUGCUUGCUAAUCCCAAAUUCGGACCAGAAGGAUACCGACGGGAAUGGCCGUGGCGACGCUUGCACCUCUGACUUUGAUGGUGACAAAAUUGUAGACUCGGAUGAUAACUGCAUUGCCAACCCAAAUGUGCAUGCCACCGACUUCAGGCAACUCCAAAUGGUGGCACUAGACCCACAAACGGCGUCUACUCCUCCAGUAUGGAUUGUCUACGACAAUGGUGCAGAAAUUCACCAGACGUUGAACUCGGACCCAGCUAUAGCAGUGGGUAUGUAUGUGACCAUAAAACUUGUGGAUGUCGACUUUGAAGGGACCUUCUUCAUAGAGGACACCAGUGAUGAUGACUUUGUUGGCUUUAUCUUCAGCUACCAAAGCAAUUCCAAGUUCUAUGUCAUGAUGUGGAAGAAGGGACCACAAAGCUGGUUUGGCCAAGCAGAGAGAGGAGUUACUCUGAAGCUAAUUGACUCUACUACAGGCCCUGGCACAGCACUUCGGGAUGCUUUGUGGCUCACUGGCUCUACAACAAACCAGGCAACCUUGCUCUGGCAUGAUAGCAGCAUUGGAUGGACCCCUAAAGUUGCCUACCGCUGGCUGCUUCACCACCGGCCUGAUAUUGGUACCAUGAGGUUCUACUUGUACCAGGGUAACAACCAAGUCAUUGACUCUGGAAACAUAUAUGACAGCACCCUAAAAGGAGGCAGGCUAGGUCUCUUCUGCUUCUCCCAGAAGCAAAUUAUAUGGUCCAAUGUGAAGUAUACUUGUUCAGAUGAUGUACCCCAAGACAUGUUUAAUGACCUGCCCACUAACCUACAGACGCAGGUCCUGACUUCAUAAGGACUUGCUUUUUGCACAAACUGAAGCGUCUUGCACUUGGACACGACGCAUCUUGAAGAUUGGUCUUGAUACUGUAAGACGCUAGUCUAUAUAAAAUUUUAUAUUAAAUAAUUUUAAAUUAAA